UUUUGUACACUAAGCGAUCUUGAUUGAAAAUGGCGUCGCGUCCUCCUUACCCGGGAACUCCGCCACCUCCAGGUGCCCCUCCUGUCUCCUCCCAGAGGUAUGCUGUGCCUCAGGGGGGACAGGGAACCCCUAUGAGAUAUCCCCAGCAGAGUUACCCUCAGAUGAAUGUGCAGCGGUCACAAUACCCCCCUGUUGGGAUGGGGGGUCCUGCGGGAAGUCCAGCUCCUGUGAUGCAGCGUGCCCCAGGUCCCCCGGGCCCACAGCCGUACAGCGGGGGAAUGGUCCGUCCCCCAACCAUGCCCACAACUCCUGGCUCUAAACGCCCUGCAUCAUCUAGUUCUUCCAAAAGUGGAGGAGGCAGCGGGGGAAGUGGUGGUGGUGGUGGACCUCCCCCCACCAGCCAGGGAGGGGUUCCUUCAGACUAUUCUCAUGGUAGUUCUAAAAAGAAGAAGAAGUUGGCUGAGAAGAUUCUUCCACAAAAGGUUCGGGAUCUUGUUCCGGAAAGUCAGGCAUAUAUGGAUCUCCUGGCCUUUGAGCGUAAACUUGAUGCCACCAUCAUGAGGAAGAGACUGGAUAUUCAGGAAGCUUUGAAGCGACCCAUGAAAGUUAAAAAAAAACUGCGUAUCUUCAUCUCAAAUACAUUUUACCCUGCUCGUGCUGAGGGUGGUGAGGGCGACGAAGCUUCUGUUGCAUCCUGGGAACUGAGAGUGGAGGGUCGGCUCUUAGAGGACCAUAAGAAUGAUCCAAGUAAACUGAAGCGCAAGUUCUCCUCCUUCUUCAAGUCUCUGGUGAUUGAGUUGGAUAAGGACCUUUAUGGACCUGAUAAUCACCUUGUUGAGUGGCACAGAACAGCCACCACCCAGGAGACUGAUGGCUUUCAGGUGAAGCGACCUGGAGAUAAAAACGUCCGGUGUACCAUUCUGCUUUUGCUGGAUUAUCAGCCACAUCAGUUCAAGCUGGAUCCACGUUUAGCACGCCUCUUGGGGGUGCACACUCAAACACGUCCUGUCAUCAUUACUGCAUUGUGGCAAUACAUAAAAACACACAAGCUGCAGGAUGGUCAUGAGAGAGAAUAUAUCAACUGUGACAAAUACUUAGAACAGAUCUUUGGUGUUCCUCGUAUGAAGUUUGCAGAGAUCCCCGGUAGACUGAACCAGCUGUUGUUCCCCCCAGACCCCAUCAUCAUCAACCACACCAUCUCUGUUGAGGGUGCAGACCAGAAGAAGACAUCUUGCUAUGACAUAGAUGUAGAAGUAGAUGAUAACCUCAAGACUCAGAUGAAUAACUUCCUGCUGAGCACCAACUCCCAGCAGGACAUCCAGACACUCGACACCAAGAUCCACGAGACAGUGGAAACCAUUAACUCCCUCAAAACUAACAGGGAAUUUUACCUUUCCUUCGCCAAAGAUCCGCAACAGUUUAUACAGAAAUGGCUAAUAUCUCAGAAUCGGGACUUGAAAACCAUGACAGAUGUUGUUGGCAACCCAGAGGAGGAGCGGCGAGCUCAGUACUAUUUCCAGCCUUGGACGCACGAAGCCGUCAACCGCUACUUUUAUACAAAGAUCCAGCAGAAGCGGGCAGAGCUGGAACAGGCUUUAGGUAUUAGGAAUAACUGAAAAUGUUUUAAAGGUAUCCAUUGAUCAAAUUCUUUUUACCCAGAAGUCCAUCCAAAUUUUCAGUGAGAAUGGACAUAAAUGUCUUUUUAUGAUUAAAACCUUAUCGAAGUAAGAUUUGACCUGGUAGUAGAUAUGAAGCUGCUUUUGAUCACUUGUACAAUACAGGAGAUGCCGGCGUGUUUUAAGGUAUUUACUCAAUGUUACUUUGUAUGUCUCUUCCCCAUUUUUAUUUAACUACAUAUAAAGUGUAUCGUCGUACUACCAUGAUAUGCGAUGUGAAACAUGUUUUUAAGUUCUUAUUAUAAUGUCUUUUUA